CAGCAGCAUUAGGGUUCUUCACCCUCUUCCAGUCAGUCAGUGUCGACGAAAGUUUCGUGACCUCUGCUGCCUCCGUCCUGUCGCCACCGGUGCAUGAGUGGAACCGGUGCAGAUCCAUCGAUCGCGAGGAAUCGAUGAAUUUUGUGUGUCGACGAGUGUUUUCUUUUCUGGAUUUCCUUGGAUAGUUGUUUUGGUUUCUCAAUCGUUGGUCGGGAGUUUGCUAUGCUGUUUGCGUUUCGAUUGGAAUCAGUUUGGUUCUCUCAAUAUUUAGGGUUUUUCUUUGGUUGAUUCGUGGAUCGGCGUUUGUGUCUAGGGUUUCUUGUUUUAUUACUUUUGGUAUAUGGACGAGGCCUGGGAGAGGGCCGUGGAGGCGGCGAUAGGCGCUCAGGAGGAAUCUUCUGCUUCACCGCCGCGGAGCCUCACGCUUGACGGUUCGGUGAAGUGUUGUCACGGACAGCUUCCGCCGCCGCAGAUCCUGGAGAGGUAUCAGUCGCUGGAGGUUCUCUCAAUCGCAAACAUUGGGGUGUCAUCGCUCGAGAAGUUUCCGCGUCUUCAGAACCUGCACCGGUUGAUCCUAUCUGACAAUCGCAUUGGCGGAGGGCUUGAAUUUCUGGUGGAUGCUGGGCUGGAUUCUCUCCGGGAUCUUGAUCUCUCCAACAACCGGAUCCAGUUCCUGGAGGAUUUGUCACCUUUGGCUCAACUCCGGCUCGUAUCUUUGGAUCUCUAUGAGUGUCCUGUUACCAGGAUCAAGGAUUAUCGAUCAAGAGUAUUCGGAAUGAUCAGGACUCUGAAAUAUCUUGAUAAGUUGGACACCGAUGAAAAUGAACGGUCAGAGUCUGAUGAGGAAGAUGAGGAAGAGGAAGAAGAUGAAGAUGAUGAGGAUCCUGGGAGCGGUGAAGUUGGUGGAGAAGAACAUGCCAAGAGGUUGAUGAAUGGCAGUGGCAGCAAUACAAUACAUGCAAUAGACGAUGUUGAUCAAGAAGAAGAAAGUGAUGCUGAGGAAGAGGACAUUGAGACUGGUGUGGGGACAGAUGCAAGUGGCUCAGAGAGGGGGUAUCAUGCUUCCAAUGGAGUCGGUUGAGAACGUCUUUGAUCCUCACAUAAAGUUGACUUGUUGUUUCUUCUUCCUAUAUUUUGAUAUUAAAUAAUUUAUUUAACAAAA